CGGCCUUCCCUGGAUAGGGCGGGUCUUAUGGCGGCUCCGCUGCGCCUGGGCCGUGCUGUGAGCUCGCUGCCGGCCGCUGCCGCUCGAGUUGCAGCGUCGCAGCCCCUUCCGCGCCUCUCUUCCUCCUCUUCUCGUCGCUCUGCGCCUCCUCCCGCCAUGCAGGCCUUCCAGUACCCCGAGGUGUACCGCGACGAGGCCGCCGUAUUGGAUUACCAUGGACACAAAAUCAGUGACCCAUAUUGCUGGCUUGAAGAUCCUGACAGUGAGCAGACAAAGGCAUUUGUGGAGGCUCAGAACAAGCUUACAGUACCCUUUCUUGAGCAGUGCCCUGUCAGAGGACUAUUCAAAGAACGAAUGACUGAACUCUAUGAUUAUCCUAAAUACAGUUGCCACUUCAAGAAAGGAAAAAGGUAUUUUCACUUUUACAAUACAGGACUACAGAACCAGAGGGUUUUAUAUGUACAAGACUCCUUGGAUGCUGAUGCCAAAGUUUUUCUAGAUCCAAAUAAGCUUUCUGAUGAUGGCACUGUGGCUUUACGAGGUUAUGCAUUCAGUGAAGAUGGUGAAUACUUUGCAUAUGGCCUGAGUUCUAGUGGUUCUGAUUGGGUUACUAUCAAGUUUAUGAAAGUGGAAGGUCCUGAGGAACUUCCAGAUACACUCGAAAGAGUUAAAUUCAGUUGCAUGGCAUGGACCCAUGAUGGAAAAGGCAUGUUCUAUAACUGCUAUCCAAAACAAGAUGGGAAAAGUGAUGGUACUGAGACCUCCACUAAUCUGCACCAAAAGCUGUAUUAUCAUGUAUUAGGAACUAACCAGUCAGAAGAUAUCCUGUGUGCUGAAUUUCCCCAUGAACCAAAAUGGAUGGGUGGAGCUGAGAUAUCUGAUGAUGGUCGAUAUGUCUUGCUGUCCAUUCGAGAAGGGUGUGAUCCAGUGAACAGACUGUGGUACUGUGAUCUCCAGGCAGAGUCUCAGGGUAUAUCAGGAAUUCUUCAAUGGGUGAAGCUGAUAGAUAACUUUGAGGCUGAGUAUGAGUAUGUCACCAACGAAGGAACAGUAUUCACUUUCAAGACAAACCGUCUUUCUCCAAAUUACCGAUUAAUCAACAUUGACUUCAGUGACCCAGAAGAAUCGAAAUGGAAAGUUCUCAUCCCUGAGCAUGAAAGAGAUGUUUUAGAAUGGGUUGCUUGUGUGAGGUCCAACUUCCUCGUUUUAUGCUACCUGCAUGAUGUGAAGAAUGUCCUGCAACUUCAUGAUCUAGCUACUGGUACACAUCUCAAGACUUUCCCAUUAGAGGUUGGGAGUAUUGUGGGAUAUAGUGGUCAGAAGAAGGACAGUGAAAUAUUCUAUCAGUUUACUUCAUUUUUAUCUCCAGGUAUUAUAUAUCACUGUGAUCUGACUAAAGAGGAACUGGAGCCAAGAAUUUUUCGGGAGGUGACUGUGAAAGGAUUUGAUCCUUCGGUUUACCAGACAAUUCAGGUUUUCUACCCUAGCAAAGAUGGUACUAAGAUCCCCAUGUUUAUUAUUCACAAGAAAGGAAUUAAAUUGGACGGUUCUCAUCCUGCCUUCUUGUAUGGAUAUGGAGGCUUCAACAUAUCAAUUACACCAAGCUACAGUGUGUCAAGACUUAUUUUUGUGCGACACCUGGGGGGUGUUCUAGCAGUGGCGAACAUCAGGGGUGGUGGUGAAUAUGGAGAGACCUGGCACAAAGGUGGUAUCUUGGCCAACAAACAGAAUUGCUUUGAUGACUUUCAGUAUGCUGCCAAAUACCUCAUCGAAGAGGGCUACACGUCUCCAAAGAAGCUGACUAUUAAUGGAGGUUCAAAUGGAGGCCUCUUAGUUGCUGCCUGUGCUAAUCAGCGUCCUGACCUCUUUGGCUGUGUUAUUGCCCAAGUGGGAGUGAUGGAUAUGCUCAAGUUCCACAAGUACACCAUUGGCCAUGCUUGGACUACUGACUACGGUUGCUCUGACCAUAAAGAGCAGUUUGAAUGGCUAUGCAAGUAUUCUCCACUUCACAAUGUUAAACUACCAGAAGAAGAUGGCAUCCAGUAUCCCUCUACACUGCUUCUCACAGCAGACCAUGAUGAUCGUGUGGUCCCUCUACACUCACUGAAGUUUAUUGCUACUCUGCAAUAUGUUGUGGGCCGAAGCCGUAAACAGACCAACCCACUUCUCAUCCAUGUUGACACCAAAGCUGGACAUGGAGCAGGAAAGCCAACUGCUAAAGUUAUAGAAGAAGUGUCAGAUAUGUUUGCUUUUAUAGCACGUUGCCUAAAUCUUGAUUGGAUUGAAUAGGCAAAAUGCUUAUUACUGUCUCCUUUAGGAAAAAAAGAAGGGCUUUAACACCAUUUAAGACCAACCAGAUACUACUUGGUGUAGUACUUACAUUUAAGAACUGCAGUUCAAUAUUUUAUUGAUCCAACCUGCUAUGGAAUUUUGAUCUGUGCUUCCCUUUUUUUAGAAUUUCUUUGAAUUUCUUUUCUACUGCGUUUCAAAGUACAUAUUAAGUAGCAUGUUCAAAUACAUAGCUGAGCUACUGUCAGUGUUGUUGUGAACAUCUAGAUUCCAGAUUUAGUGUUAGCUGAGCUGAUUUCAUGUAAACAAUUUUAAUGUAUUUUACAUCUAUCAGCAUAUCCAGAUAAUUUGUAAUUAAAUGUAAGUACUGUCCACAUGCAAGAACUCUGAGCAUACUUUAUUUACACAGUAACUUAUUUAAGAAUGGAAAUGUAAAAUGUUCUUUGGUAAUCAUGAAAUAUUGAGGAGAUAGUCUAGGUAAUUAAUUACCCAGAUAUUAUUAAAAAAAUUGUAUUAUUUCAUACUGUUUGUAACAGUGUAUUACAGUCUAUAAUAAUGUUGCUAAAUUGUCUUUUCUUACCACAAAAACUUGAAAAUGUCCAUUUUCUCUUCUGUUAUUUAUUUUCACAAAGAAGAGAAAAUUGGAGGCAGGAAAACUUGAAGAAUAUUGAGUUUGAAUACUCAGUUAUCAGUCAAGGUACGCGUAUACACUUCACAGUUGUUGCCUGUCUACUGUUAACUCUUCAACUAUUUUUAAACUGUAGACAGAUUUGUCUAGAUUGUUCAAAUUCAGAUUUUCCCAAUGCAUAUGACAGGAUAUUCUUUAAGGUGCCAAAAUUUGAAGAUACAUACAUGACUUUGUCUUGGCUGCAAAACAACAAAAGCACAUAAGCAAACUCCCUAAUGAUUUGACAUGCACACAACACCUGAACUGUUAUUUCAUUAAUUUGAAUAGGUUGUAGAGCUAUUAAAUAUGAGUAGAAGUUGUCUAGUAGUAGUUGUCUAAACUGUGACAUGCUGCAGCAAGUAGAUUUUGAUUUUGGGGACAGAAAGGUUUUCUACCAUUCACUAUUAGUCUUGUUCCCAUCAAGCAAAUACUACUGCUUCUCAGUUUUGGAUAAACUGAUACACUCUUCCAGUUUUGUGUUUGUCAUCAUAUUCAUACUUGGAUCCCAAGGCUUUUGGAAUUUUUGAGCUAUUUGAGCUCUGAGCUCAGGAGCUUUAUCUCUAAGCAAGUAAAGUCUCAACUUGGGAAGAGGGAGUGGUAUUUAAAAAGUGAGUAGGCUGCUGAUUAUCUGUACCAAAUUCAUAUUGUUUCUUUCACUCUCAGGGACUUUUCCUGAUUCACUCUGUAGCUUGGGAAGGAUCAUGCCUCCAAAGCCCUUAUAAAGUAUAAUCUGAUUUGGGGGGAUAGAAGGGGUUGGAGAAGAAGAAUUUAUGCUUUCAUAACCAGUACCAUACCGAUAAACCUGUAUGUGAUUUGGGGCUUAUUUGUGAACCCUGGACAUUAUUUUUACCAAAUAAUGUAUGGAUUGCUGUAUUUGAUCACAGCACCGAAUUGAACAAUCAGACUAGAGAGUUGAGGGAUUUUUUUUUUUAUUCCUCCACGCUGUGAAAGUGGAGUUCAGGUUCAGCCUCUCACCCUGACCUUUUUCCCAUAGACAUGUGAACUAUUUUCUAAGAUCAUUUUGGAAUUUUUAACAGCUGUGCUUUAGGGGCUGGAAUGAAGCUGAUGAUAGAAAGCUGGGACGAGUGUCUGGCACACCAGAAGGCUGUGCUGCAAUUUGGCAAGACUUUGAAAGGCUGGAGAGUUGGGCAGAGAGGAGCACUAUGCAGUUCACUGAGGGCAAGAAUCCUACAUCUGGGAAGGAAUAAGCACACAUAUCAGUACAGGUUAGGGGCUGACCUGCUGGAAAGGAGCUCUGCAGAAAAGGACCUGGGAGUCCUAGUGGGCAACAGGCUGGCCAUGAAAUAGCAGUGUGCCAUUAUGGUCAAGGAGGCCAAUGGAAUCCUGGGAUGCAUUAAAAGGAGCAUGGCCAGCUGGUCGAUGGAGGUGAUCCUCUCCUUCUGCUCUGCCCUGGUGAGGCCUCACCUGGAGUACUGUGUCCAGUUCUGGGCUCCUCAGCUCAAGAAAGACAGAGAACUUCUAGAGAGAGUGCAAUGGAGGGCCACGAAGAGGUUGUGGGACCUGGAGCAUCUCGCUUGUGAAGAAAGGCUGAGACACAUGGGACUGUUCAGCCUGGAGAAGACUAAGUGGAGAUCUUACCAAUACUUAUAAAUAUCUGAAGGAAGGGUGUCUAAUGGAUGGAGCUGGGCUCUUUUUGGUGAUGCCCAGCAACAGAACAGGGGGAAUGAACACAAACAGGAGCAUAGGAAGUUCCAUCUGAACAUUUGGAAAAACUUCUUUAUUGUGAGGGUGACAGACCACUGGAACAGGCUGCCCAGAGAGGUUGUGGAGUCUCCUUCUCUGGAGAUAUUCAAAACCUGUCUUGAUGCUUUCCUCUGUAACAUGCUGUAUAGAACCUGCUUUAUCCAGGCGUUGAACUACGUGAUCUUCAGUGGUCCCUUCCAGCCCCUACAGUCCUGUGCUCCUGUGAUGCACAAGUGCAGUGCCAUCUUUGAAAGUAACACCCCAGAGAAUCUGGACUCUUCUUGAAUGUUAUGAUAUCAACAGGGCAGAGUUUUUCUCUAAGCGAGAACUUUGCUUGAUAGGGUUUGUAGAAAGCAGGAUCCUUGGAUAACUGUGAAAUUGAGCUAAAUUGUAUCAGCACCUUGAAUCUCAAAUCCUUGAGCACAGCCACCUCAGUCAUCUUUUCAGCCUUUGUCUUACCUUGUUCUGUAGCUGCUCAAACACAUUUUUUUUCUUUCUGUUUUUACCAGUAGUAAGUUGUGGAGUUUGGAAACAAACAUUUCUCUUUGAGUGGCAAUUGAGAGUACUGAAGGUGGAGCUCCCAGUCACAAAGUUAAUGUUCAGGAUUCCCACUGUAAAAAGCUGCUAUCUCUAUUAGAAAGGCAUUUUGUUUCAAUAGUAAGGUCUUAAUUGUGAUAUUUUAAUUGAUCUUAAGUAGGUAUUCUAAGUACAAGAUUCUGGUUUCAAAAAAGUGAUCUUGCAGAGCUGUCCUAUUGACUGCAUUGCUCCUUCUAGUACAGAAAGGAUGAUGGCCCCACAUGGAAUCCAUGUUAAUUCCAAGCAAGUAAUACAGGAGUAAUACACUGGAAUUUAAACCUUUAAGGUUUCAAUUAAAUAGACCUGGAACCAAACAAUUCCUGGUGUAGAAAACCAUAAUGAAAUUUCAGCUAAUCUGCUUUCAAGGGGAGCAGUGGUAAUGCUAUUUCACAGAGAGGCUGUGUGUUCUGUGCCUUUUAUUUCCAGUGCAUGAAGCAAAUUUCACUCGAGUCCUAUAAGAGUCUUAUGUUAUAUAAGCUAAAAUCUGUUUUUAAGUGGAAAUAAAUGAACUUUUCACACGGUACUCCCUUCCAAUAUUCUUCACAGCUAAUGUAAAGAUAUCUUAGUUGUCUUUGCCUCCAUUAGAAUCAGAGUUUAUAUAUGUGAAAAGAGUUGGAAGUAUUUUAAAAAUGUUGAGUCUUCAUAUCCUUCAUAAGAAAGAGCAAAUUAAUUUCCCUCAUAGUGGAGUUGAUUUAACUUUUGGUAUCUGAGGAAAAAAGACAACCUGAGUAUAGAUGGAUGCUGAACCCUCCCCACCAGUAUAACCACCAGCAUCUAAGGGAAGAAGGAGGGCAGUUGGCUGUGGGUAUGUAAGAGUAAGGAAUGGUUAAGACAGAAUUUGGAAACACCUGUUCCCACACCCAGCACUUCUCCUGUUUCACCAGGGUUUUCUUGACGUGAGUUUUCUUGGCCAUCUGUCUGUAGGAAGGCAGAAACAUGAGCAGCAGUUCUUUGGAUUUGAUACAGCAAGCAACAGCUUUCAGAUAUCUAUGUUUGAAAGGUGAUGUCAGGUCGUUUAAUUUUAGCCAAAGGCAGCGUCUCAGGGCUGCCUGAAGAUCUGCAUAUAGACUCUUCCUGUCAGCCUCUCCUGUGAAAGGGGUUUUCCAAGCUGAGUAGGAUUUGGGGGGUGGGCUGAGGGAGGCGCUUGGAAGCCAAGCUAAUAAACAAGCACCCAGUUUUCUGCCAAGCUCUUCUACUUUGAAAGCCUUUAGUUAGACAGCUUAUGUGCAAUUGCCUCUUUGUGCAGACCUCUCAGGAUUUGGAUAGUUCAUGCUGUUUGAACAGCCAGGUUUGGCAACUUUUUACAGUUCUCCAUAUGUUCUUUUAAUUAUUUUUGCCUUGCUAUUAUUGUGUGCCAGGAAAAUAAAAAGCAUUUCUCCAGUUUUUUUUUCCCCUUACUAUUGAGGAAAGGGGAGGUGAGGUAGCCUUCCAAUUCUCUCAUCUAUGAAGAUAGCCAAAGUGUAUCUCAGACAGUGCUACUCCUGAAUAAUCUUAUACUGUUUCUAAACAAUCUCACACCUUCCACAUGUUCAUGGCAGAGGGAUCCCUGUGAUGGAGUCCCUGAGUGGAAGUUAGACCAGCUGCUGGCAUCUGGAGAAAUAAUAUGAAGUUCUGGAUUAUGAGGACUGUGAUUUGGCAUUUUUCCCUUAAUCUGUCAUAAGAAAACGAAUGGAAAAUUCAACUCUUAAACCCAAAGCUGAGCAAUAUCAGCAUCUCUGCUCUGUAGAUACCCCUCUACAUUUGUAGCAGGAGUAACAGAGGCAAGGAACAAAUGUGCUUGCAUCCUUACCCAUAGCAGGGUAAAUUUAAUUUUGGAGGUCUGAAUAGUGAGGGUUAAUCAAUUAAUGGUGGUUUUCACUAAAGAUUUCUGGCUUCCACAGCAAAUGCAACAUGAGAGCUGGAGUCAAUGGAUCGAUGUCUGCAAAUGUGACAUUUCUGGCCUGGUGUGUGCUGCUCAGAAGAAAAAUGUUGGUGUGUGUGUUCUGCUUUCAGCAUGUAUCAGGCCUUCUGUGUGCAAAAAGGAAGGAGAUGUUGUUCUUGAAUGCCUCAAAGUGUAUUUUAGCUAGCAUGCAUGUUAGAGAGGCAUCUGAUAGUGCUAGCUAAAGCAUUAACCUAGACAUUUGUUUGUAACCUAAGCAGUGCCCAAAAAUAUUGUCUGUAAUUUUCAUCUUAACAUUACUGUAAAAAUAUAGCAGAAAUAAUCUGAUGAAAAGCAAGAGAACUUAAUUUUGUAGUAUCCAUGUUGUCCUACCCUUUCAAUGUAUUAGAUGAAUGUUUAUUUUCCAAGUUCCAAAAUAAACAUUCCCCCAGAAAUGGAGAGGGGUGGAAUUCCUGGGUUUAGGAAAUGAGGUAAGAUCACACACCACGCAGACCCAGCCAUAAAUUGAGCAACACAAAAUAUCUUAAUUCAGCAGAGGCACCUGAGCUCAUAGGUGGAAAUUCCACUUAGUUCUUAAAACCUUCAUUUUUACGUUACUUUUCUUUCCCUGUGAAGAGAUGUACUUCACCUCUAACAGUUCCUCAUAUUAAAUAUUAAAUUACAGUGCAUUUCUGGAAGUUCUUCACUAUGAGACUGGUGAGGUGCUGCAACAGGCU